UGUUAAAAAAAACAAUUAUUUUUUCUUUUUUCUUUGCAGUGUUGAACUUCAAACAAAUUUAGAAGCUCGACAAGAUAUUGAAAUAUUAAAAAAUUCUUGUGAAGAGGCAAAUAGAGAACGAGAUCGAGCAGUCCAAGAGAUGAAUAAUACAACGAAAAAGAUUGAUAAACUUGAACAUGAUCUCGAUACAUACGCCGAAGAAAAUCGUCUUCUCAAUCAAACAACUCAAAAACUUGAUGAAAAAAUGAUUAAUACUCAUUCCUACAAUGAAUCACUAAAACGUGAUUUUCAUCAAACUGAACAAAAAUAUCAAGCAAAAAUUGCAGACUGUGAAUUACUUUUAAUUUCAAUGAAAGAAGCACAAAAAGAUACAAUAUGUUUAUUGGAACAAAAAAAAGUUGAAAUAACAAUGUUACAAUCAGAAUUAGAAACAUUAAGAGUAGAAAAUAUACAUUCAAAUUCAAAGAUUCAAAAAUUUGAAGAAGUAGUCCAUGAAUUAAAACGUCAUAUGAUAUUAUUGGAAAAAGCUCUUGAUGAACAUAAACGUAUUGCUCGAAAACGUGAAAAAGAACUUGAACAAGUAAACAAUGAUUAUGAUGAUCAUACAAAGAGUUCUGCAUUGAUAAUGAGCAAAUGUUCAAAGCAAGAGACAGAAAUAAAUAUAUUAAAAAUGGAAAAUUCUUCAUUAACAGAAGAAUUGAAAUUGAUGCGUGAUAAUGUUCAAAAAUGUCAAGAAGAUCAACGACGUUUAAGAAAAGAUUGUGAUCAAGCAUUAAAUUACAUACACGAUGGUAUUCCUGAAUUAUGUUUUAAUGAUCAGAAUAAAGUAAAUAAUAUUAAACAACUUCCUAGUAUAUUUGAACAAUUAACUGGCGAUCGUGAUAAACUAAAAUCAAAAAAUGAAUUACUUGCUCAAUUUGUCAAAAGUCUAACGGAUGAAAUGGACGGUUUACAAUGUCAUCAAAAGAAAUACAAGAUUCUUCGAUCACACUCAAAACAACAACAACUAUUAUUACAUCAAUUAGACGCUCAUUUGAAAUUUUAUGAAAAUAUUUUCAAACAAAAAGGUCUCCUACCAGCGAUAGGAUACAUGUCGGGUGAUUUUACAGAUAUUAUAAAAUAG